AAAAAAAAAUACUUCCCUUUCCCCUUUCAAAAAAAAGUCAAAAAAAAAAAUAUCAUGGCCGGUACUGAACCCGGAAGUUCAAUGCAUGGGGUGACAGGUAAGGAACAAUCUUAUGCCUUUUCCGUCUCCCCAUCUGAGGUCCCAGUGGACCGUACAGCCAAAUUUGCUCUACCAGUGGAUUCAGAGCACAAGGCUAUAAAAUUUAACCUUUUUUCCUUAGCCGCACCCCAUAUGACAACUUUUCAUUUAAGUUGGAUAUCAUUUUGUACAUGUUUUAUAUCCACCUUUGCAGCUGCACCCCUAGUCCCUAUAAUAAGGGACAACUUAAACCUAACCAAAACAGACAUAGGUAACGCAGGAGUCGCUUCCGUCUCAGGAAGUGUCUUCUCUAGGCUCGUGAUGGGGACACUUUGUGACCUCAUGGGGCCUAGGUACGCAUGUGCGUUUCUAGUCAUGUUAAUCGCCCCUGCAGUCUUUUGCAUGUCGUUAAUCGAGGAUGCAUCAGGGUACGUGGCUGUUAGGUUUAUGAUAGGGUUUUGUUUAGCGACUUUCGUGUCGUGCCAGUAUUGGAUGAGUACCAUGUUUAAUGGACGGAUUAUUGGGCUUGUUAAUGGGACAGCAGCAGGUUGGGGUAACGCCGGAGGAGGUGCUACCCAACUUCUUAUGCCUGUGGUCUAUGAAAUUAUCGUAAGAAUUGGAGCUACUAAAUUUAUUGCUUGGAGGAUUGCCUUCUUUAUUCCUGGAAUACUUCAUAUUAUUAUGGGUAUUUUGGUUCUUACCCGUGGUCAAGACUUGCCUGAUGGUAACCUUGGUACCCUACAAAAGAGGGGUGAGGUUGCCAAGGACAAGGUUUCUAAGGUGCUUUGGUAUGCCGUCACCAACUACCGGACAUGGAUCUUCGUGCUUCUCUAUGGCUACUCCUUGGGUGUGGAGUUGACUACCGAUAAUGUUAUUGCAGAAUACUUCUUUGACAGGUUCAAUCUCAAGUUGCACACAGCAGGAAUCAUAGCAGCAAGUUUUGGGUUAGCAAACUUCUUCUCCCGUCCAUUAGGAGGUCUAGCCUCAGACUACAGCGCUCGUUACUUCGGUAUGAGAGGCCGUCUAUGGACCCUAUGGAUCCUCCAAACAGUGGGUGGUCUUUUCUGUGUAUGGUUAGGUUUAGCCAAUGACCUCAUCACAGCUAUUGUAGCACUAAUCCUAUUCUCCCUAGGAGCUCAAGCCGCUUGUGGGGCCACAUUUGGAGUCGUUCCCUUUAUCUCUCGACGUUCCCUAGGGAUCAUCUCGGGUCUAACUGGUGCAGGAGGAAAUGUAGGCGCGGCUUUAACUCAAUUCAUAUUCUUCUCGUCAGGGCGUAUGAGCACUGAAAAGGGUCUUACAUUCAUGGGUGUAAUGGCUAUUGCUUGUACACUACCAGUUACUUUAGUGCAUUUUCCACAAUGGGGAAGUAUGUUCCUUCCUCCUACUAAGAAUGCUUCUGAAGAGGCUUAUUAUGUUGCGGAAUACACAACCGCAGAACAGAGUAAAGGGAUGCAUGAUCGGAGUGUUAAGUUUGCUGAAAGUGCUCGGUCUGAGCGUGGCCGGAAGGUGGCUUCUGCUCCAACACCUCCCAACCCUUCACCUAACCAUGCUUAGGUGGGUCAAGAUGAUGAUAUCAUUAUAUACUUGUAUUUGCCUUUCAAAUGGAUUUGUUUAAAGAAAAUGUACGCAUACCUAUUCUACAACUUGUAGAGUAUGUAAGUAAUUAGUUUGUAUAAGCCUAAUGACAUGGGUUGUGUGUUGGUAUACUUUUUGUGGGUGAAGUGAUGGGACUAAUCAUCAUCCAAUUUCUCUUUUAUUUCUUUUAUUUCGAUUCGAUUUGAUUAUAUAUUGAUUUUUGUUUGUAAUGAGAAAUAAUACUCUUUUACAACUUCAUAUGAUUGA